AUGUCGAGCGAGUCUAUCCCAUUAAGUCAAGCACUCCGCAAAGCCGAAAGCAAGAACGAACCCAUCAACCUCCCCUCAACACUCGGCGCAUUCAUCCAGGACUCCCUCGCCGAACUGGACCUCAAACGUCGUGCGCACAAGCUGGCAUAUGCACAGCUUAAUCCGAACUCUGAAUACUACUACCCUCCACACGACCUCCUCCUACUCGAACGGGGUAUCAUGCACUGCAUUGAGACUGCAUCCUGGGGUCGGUUAGCUAACAACCUGGAUGGGCUGGAGGGAAGGCAUCAAGCUGCGUUGAGUGUUGGGAGGGGGGAAUUAGAACUGAAGAGGAGGGUUUAUCCGGGGUAUGUACCGGUUUAUAGAGAGGAGGUUCCGCGUAUUUUGGGUGAUGGAAGCGCUGUAUGGGUGGCGCCUUGUUUUGAUGAGUAA